GGCGGCGGAUUACUGUAGUUUCUCCUGUCUCUUUAUUAGGUUGUUUACUAAUAUGUCAGGACGAGGAAAAGGCGGCAAGGGUCUGGGGAAAGGUGGCGCCAAGCGACACCGCAAGGUUCUCCGCGACAACAUCCAGGGCAUUACCAAGCCCGCUAUCCGGCGGUUGGCUCGGCGUGGCGGCGUGAAGCGCAUCUCGGGUCUCAUCUACGAGGAGACUCGCGGUGUCCUCAAGGUUUUCCUUGAGAAUGUGAUCCGCGACGCCGUCACCUACACCGAGCACGCCAAGCGCAAGACGGUUACGGCUAUGGACGUGGUGUACGCGCUCAAGCGCCAGGGCCGCACUCUGUACGGCUUCGGCGGCUAAGCGAGCCCUCCUGUGCCUAGGCCGUUCCCUUGGCCGGCUUCCCCCAUCCACAAAGGCCCUUUUCAGGGCCCACAA